UUUCAAACCGAGCUUCGGUCGUCUGCUCCUGAAGAAGCACACUCGUGUUCUCCCAUGCGUAGAUAUCUGCGUUGGAUUACUUGCUAUGCUGCCUUAAACUUGGAUUACUACAAUCGCAGAGAGGUGACGAGAUAGUUCUAAGCCCUCAUUAUUUUGAGUCUGAAUGCAUUCCCAAUGUACGACGCAAUGGAGUAACACACGUUUGCAAAUUUCAACUGCAUAGCACGACAACCUACAGGGAUACAUUUGAAGAGUUGCCGUUGAAUUCUUUAAAGUGUUGGAGAUUUGUGUCUUCCAUUUAAGUUAUCAAUCAGUGAUAGAUGGACAAUGAUGAAGAUGAGACUGGGACAUAUUUUGAAAGGUGUGACUGUUCGCCUGCUGCUCAGCGCCCAUGCGGCGUUGUGCGUGUGGCGGGUGGUUGCAGCAACAGGCGACUGGCGAUAUUGGGGAUUGUUACUUGCUCAGUUGCUUGUGUUGCUGGAAGCUUUCAUCACAUUGAGUAUGAAACGAGGGACAGAGUGGAAAUGGUUUUGUCCAAGUGUUCUCAUCUACCUUAUCUCAGUCAUCCCUUGUAUGUGGUUCCUGGAACUUCACCGACUAGAGAUAGACUUGGACUUCUGGGCUCUUCUGGACCCAUCACCACACUGUAAUCUCCCAGAUCUGAGCCAUGGACUUCUGCGGAACGCGACGAACGAGUCUGUUACAGAAGAGGCCAUGAAGGUGAUUGACAUUGAUCGACCAGCAUCGCUCCUCUCCAUGACGACUUCAUCAUGGCUUCUGAUCAUCCACCAGUCCCUCUUGCUUCUGCUCGUCCUGGAGCGGUUCCUCUACCUAAGAUCGGUUCCUCCGAGGUUUCCAGAGAGCACCUUACCUUGACGAUGCUGGUUUAUGUCGCUUCAGCUGCUGAUAUCCUAGAGUUCAUCUCAGAGGGUAUGCGUGUUGAGGUCCUGACCUGCGACAGGGUCCUGCUUCUGGCAGUCAUGGUCAUCUGGUCCUGGAGUCUACUGCAGUACACCCUAGGACCAUGCAGUACAACUAUCUGGGGUUCAUCUGAAGACCUCAGCUGGGACGGCACCACCAGCUCUAGUCUCCGGUCGGUCUGUCCUUGGGAGAUCAAAGACAUCGUCGUGGCCAUCUUCAUGCAGGAUGGACCAUUUCUUAUUAUGCGGAUCUACUUCUUAAUCAGGUUCAAUGAAUUUGAUGAAACCACUUUCUUCUUCGCUGGCAAAAACGUCUUCAUUCUUGUCCUGCAGAUCUAUCAUCUAUGUGCUAUCUUUUCAGAACGUCGAAGACAAAAUUCGCCCAGCACGCGGCGCGUUGUAUGUACAUGGCCGAAGAGUGCUAGUGGAUAUUUUGGCGGGAAAACGCAGGACUUAGCUCUAUCGCGUGCCUCGCUCACCUGGUGGCCACAAAACUCACUUCCUUCACCAUCUCGACUAAGUGCAUACCACAGAAACGAGGGCUUCCCUGAUGUCGAGCGAGUCUUAGGUACCGGAACCCUCGACAGACAGACAAGGGAAACAAGUACUGCUGAAAGGCGACAGCGGUCACCAGCAACAAUUGACCGCUGCUCAACCGCGCCACUACCGCGAAGCCCUCGACGUAAAGGACAAUUAACCGCUUCGACAUCAUUGAACACCACCACAAAGAACACAUCAGCAGAGCAGCACAUGUUGCCGUUGAAUAGCGGUGCUGUGUCAAGACCACACAGUAAUGUGUUUCGGUACAGUUUUAACGGUGGACAUAGUAGAGCUAACUCCUCCUCAGGAGCUUCACUUCCAAGAUUCCAGUAUGACAAUGGUGCAUUCCUCUUUUGAAACGAUUCUUUGAACGGAGAGAAGAAUUCACUUGUCCAGGAAAACCCGCAAAGAGAACUAUAUAAUGCUGGUCAGUGCUGGAGUGAAUUUAGGCUUUGGACCAAGUGAACAAGACUCAUCUUUAAACAAAAAGAUCUAUCAAUGGAAUAAAAUGAAGUAAAGAGGCCUUAGAAGGAAUUUUGAAAUUAUGAAAACGUUGGAAAGUAAUUAUAGAACAGAGGAAACAUAAAAUUGUGUUUGAAAAAACAGAACACA